GAAAAUCAUUGCUAAUGCAAUGGAAUCACCAAAAUAAUCUCUCUGCUCUUUAGUAAAAUUUAGUUUACCUUUUUAUCCUAAGUUUUUGCAAUGUUAUAUAUAAAAUAUCCGACAAUUAUCUUUAAUUAAGUACCUAUCCACCGAUAGCUCUGUGAGUGAAACAUUAAUUAAAAGAAUCAUCAGAGGAAAUCAGUGAUUCAGUGAGUGACUAAAUGCUCCAAAGGUCAGCUAAAGUUGAUCAAAGAUUAGUUGAGAGUCUGAUUUCAUGACGACAGAUGAAAUUGAAAGUGUCCACGUCGAGGAAAACAUGACAAGUGAAGCAGAAUCAGAAGGGAGAUUCAUCUCCCGGAAGAAUCUCGAUUUCCACUGCAAAUCCAGAAAUAUCCACAGAAGGCCAAAUGCAGGAGAUGGGCUGUGGCUAUGCACUUUAAUACCUCUGUGUCUCCUGAUUAACUGCUGGACACAUCCGAAAUCUUCAAGUUUGCUUUAUAAAGUCUGCAGUUUCAUCAGCUUUGGGCUCUUUCUACAAUCAGUGGAUAUCUUAGUUAAAUUAAGCUGCAGAAAAGUUAAUAUCUUCAUCAAUGCCCUCACGAAAGUAAUUCCAGGAAUUACUUCUUCUUUGCUGAUAUGGUACCUUCUCAAUAUCAAAAUUAUCCUGAGCUUUGCUUGCGGGAUUCCCAGUUCCUUGUUCUUUAACUUCAUCUACUUGUACAUCCUGAAGCGUUUUUCUCAAAGCUUCACUCUCGGUGAAGCCACAAUUGUCACUCAAGGAUUGACAAUUUUUCUCUUUGGAGCUUCUGUGAAAAUUGCUGCCUGUCUGCAUGAGCCACCAAUGAGUAAAAUGGCAGAAAUGAGCGCUAUCCUCUCUGUUUCCCUCCUAGGAGUCCUCUUGCUCAUCUUCCUCGUCCAUGGCAUUUCCUUUUGGAGGAAACCCAUAAUUUUCACCCUUCUCCUAACACUAUGGGUUCUCCUUAGUGGCUUCACUCCCAUCACAGAUCCCUUUCCUGCUAUCCUCGUGGGAAUGUUUAUUUUCUUGGAUGUUGGAAGGGUAUCUGUGAUCCUGAUUUACGCAGGAAUUGCAGGAGUCACAGGAGCCUUUGUAGCAUGGAAAAUCAGCAAGAAAUCUUCAACGAGUGUCUCACUGCGGAAGGUUUUUCACAUUGUCAUUGUCAUCGUGUACAUCAUUGGGAUCUUAUUCCAGUGUACAAUGCUCUUUUUGGCAUCUGGAUUUGUUCUGGCACUUUUCAUAAUCUUUGAGACUCUGAGACUCAUUAACUUUCCAUUGAUUGGUCAACAUUUGGAGGCGAUUAUAAAGGCAUUUCUGGAUGAAAAAGAUGCUGGAGUAGUGGCUUUUACUCCCAUUUAUCUUCUUGUGGGCUGUUCUUUGCCACUUUGGUUGCAUCCUUCACCUUGCGAUCUCACGGAUUCAACUACCUUUACCCUCUUGCCUUUAAUAUCUGGCGUUCUUUCUGUUGGAAUUGGGGACACAAUGGCCGGAAUAGUGGGUAGCAAUUUAGGAAGACAUCGCCUGGUUAAUUCUCAGAAGACAGUGGAGGGCACAGUAGCUAACAUCGUCAGUCAAAUUGCUACGAUAUUCUUUCUUCAUUUUGUUGGAUUCUUGGAGCUCAAUCUCAAUACGAUCAUCAUUAGUUUCGUGGGAGUUACUGUGAAUGCAAUUUUGGAAGCAAAAACAGAUCAAGUUGACAACUUGUUUUUGCCCCUUGUAACAUUUUUCAUCUUUUCUUUACGCAUCUAGGAAUUAUUAAACGAAUAAAAAACAAUAAUUUGUAUAAUAACUGUACAGAAAAUUACUUUACUAUUUAAACAUUUUCACUGAUGAAUGAAUGUGAAAUAAAAAAACGAUGAAUGAAGUCA